AUGACGACGGAACACCAAUCGUUACCAAGCCGCCCUUCGGCUCUUGGUGGUGCCAGUCUCGAACUGCAUUACCUGGCCGAAGGCGCCGCCAACAUCAUAUACAGCGUGUCGGUGACAUCGCCUGCACCACUGCAAGCGCAUUCUCACUGCUACGUUAUGCGUUUGCGCAAGGAUUUGCCCUCCACAAAACCGGCUGUUCAGACCAUGUCUGACUUCAGAGAGCGCAUAGUACCAUUGUUUGCCGGGCACGAGGCUCUACUCAUGGAGCAGGCACUGUAUGAGUUGAACCCAGAGAUGAUUGAAGCUGCGAAUCGAGAGCUGGUGGAAAUGGACAGUGUAGAUCUAUCCGCUCUGUCGAUUAACGACGUCAACGCACAAAGCAGGCCGAAUUGGAAGAUCAGGCACCAUCACAGACGGCACGUCUAUCUGCCGCCUUAUGAAGAGGAACAAUAUGGCAUCUUGAUGCCCAAUCUCCAUGGUCCAGGAAUCGAUUGGUUGGUCGAAUUCAAGCCAAAGUGGUUGGUGCAGAGUCCCAGCGCACCCAGAGAUGCACGAAACUGCCGAACUUGUGCGUUGAAUGCAAUGCGCAGAAGAACAAAAUUGCGUCAGGGUCGAGGUGAUUCCGGGUUCUGUCCAAUGGAUCUUCUCGAAUCGGGUAACAUUCUCGAGGGCGCCCUGGCUAACAUCUGGCCAAUGCAAGAAGGUGUUCAGGCAUUUGCGGCCACAUUUAAGGCAAAAGUCCAGCCUGUGUUGUCACAUCUGAAGGCGCUCCAGCAAGCGCAUAGAUCGGUGGGGUUGGAGGACUUUCAAACCCCUGCUGGGAAAGACUUUGGUUUGGCCAUGGCAUUGAGAGACUGCAGUGUUUUUCUGGUUCUGCGGAGACGGGACGAAGGCGGUGGUGUAGACUUGGUAGACGUCAAACUCGCCGAUUUGGAUCUGAAGACGACCGACGGAGGAAAGGUCCAGAAAUGGGCACGCAUGGAACAAGAGUUGCUUGAUGGUGGAUGGUAUUACAGCGCUGAAGAUUCCAAUUGCGCCUUGUCUCGUCAUAAAUCGUGA